AUGGAUGAGGAGAACAAUAUAGAAGAUGUUGAUGUGGACAUGGCAGAAUUCUUUCUAAAUGUUGACAGUGAUGUUGAAGGAGCAUGUAUUAAUGAUGGUCAUGAACCCGAAGAUAUGGAAGUGAUCAACAAUGAGGAGUUCGAAUCACUGGAUGAAGGAUCAGACCAAGACAGAGAAAGAAGAGCUCUCAUAAAAAAUUUGGGAAAAGAAAAAAGGUGCAGCCUUGGGUCAGUACAUAUACAGUCAUUCUCAGUGGGGCAAAAGUUUAAAAGUAAAAAAGAACUAAAGGAGUUAAUUGAUGUGCACGCACUAGAAACAAGAAGGAAUCUAUUCUUUAAAAAAAAUGACAGUCAAAGGCUUAGGGCACAGUGCAGAGGAGUUGUACCUGUCAUCAAUAAAGGUCAAGUGGGGACUCAACCUUCCACUUCAAAAAGCAAGGGCAAAGAAGUAAAGACACAAAAAGAAACAUGUGGUUGGUAUAUACAUGCAUCUAGGUCAAACCCCGAAUCUGACUGGUUUAUAAGGACCUUAAACCAAACUCAUACAUGCUUACAAACAAGAAAACUCAGAGCUUGUACUGCUUCUUUAAUCUACAAGAAAAUCAUAGAUCAAGUUCAGGCAGAUCCGAAGAUUCCUUUGAGAGCCAUACAAGAUCACUUUCAAAAGACCUACCAGGUGGGUAUUUCGAUGGAUAAGGUGUUUAGGGCAAAAGAUAUGGCAAGAAAGCAUGUAACUGGGGACUACACAAAACAGUUUGAGUUGUUGAGGGACUAUGCUCUUGAACUUCAAGCUACAAACCCAGACACAACGGUCAAAAUAGAUGUGUGUCCUAAUGGCAACCUUGCAUCCCCAACAAGGCAGUUUAGAAGGAUUUAUGUAUGCUUGGGUCCACUGAAAAAAGGUUUCAAAGCAUAUCUUAGAGACUUAGUAGGUUUGGAUGGUGCCUUCAUGAAAGGCCCAUUCCCUGGUCAGGUUCUUACAGCAGUUGGUCUAGAUUCCAACAAUGGAAUUUAUCCCUUGGCCUAUGCAAUUGUUGAGUCUAAAAACACAGCUAGCUGGAAGUGGUUUUUAGAAAACCUUGGGGAUGACUUGGAGCUUGGGAGCAACUCAAACUAUACUUUCAUAAGUGACAGGCAAAAGGGAUUACAAAUUGCAGUUGAUCAAUUGUUUCCCAAUGCUGAGCAUAGGUACUGUAUUAGACAUAUUCAUGACAAUAUGAGAAAGAAGUGGGGGCAAACUGAGUACAGGGACCAUUUAUGGAGGUGUGCAUCAGCAACCACCAUUCCUGAGUUUGAACAUUUAAUGAAAGAGUUUAGUGAGUAUGAUAAGGAGGCAUGUCAAUGGUUAAAGAAAAUUCCUCCUGUACAAUGGGCAAGGAGUCAUUUCUCAGGAAGAGUUGUUUCUGAUGUGUUGAUGUCAAACAUGUGUGAAGUGUUUAAUGGGAAGAUAGAGAAAGGCAGGGACAAACCUGUAAUUUCAUGUUUAGAGUUCAUUAGGGAGUAUCUAAUGAAGAGGAUAUGCAAUGUCGUGAAGGCAAUGAAGAAGGCUAAAGGUCCACUAACACCUACAGCAACAGACAUCCUAGAUGCAAGGAAAAAAGGUGCUUCACAAUAUAUUGCUAGGUGGAAUGGGGCAAACAAGUAUCAAGUCACUGGAGCAUUGCAAGAUCAACAUGUGGUGGAUGUUAGGAACCAAACUUGUACUUGCAGAAAGUGGGAAUUAAUGGGAGUACCUUGCAGGCAUGCAAUUGCAACUCUGAAUGAAAUGAGCAAAGACCCUGAGGCUGAGCUUGACAUUUACAAGUGGGUACACAAGGUGUAUUGGCUAGAGACAUGGCAAAAAGCUUAUUCAUUUAAGGUGGAACCAAUUAAAGGGAGACCCAUGUGGCCUAAAAGUAAUUGUCCAACAAAGCUAAUCCCUCCUCCACAUCGCACUCAGGUGGGAAGGCCUAAGAAAAAAAGAAGACAAAGUGAGGGUGAAAGGUUAAGCAAAAGGCAGAAGGCAAGUCAAGGUGAUGGAGUUAAUGAGAUGCAAGGAGAACAUUCCCAAGGGCCAAAAAAUGAUGGAGUGCAGAAGCUAUCAAGGAAACAUAUCAGUGUUACUUAUAGCAAAUGCAAGAAUAAGGGACACAACUCUAGGACCUGUAAAGGGCAAGGAGGGAAUCAAUAUAAGAAGUGA